GCCAGAAUAAAACAUGAAGUGAUGAAGACAGGAUCGCGAGCUCCUCAUUCGAUGUAGAGCAUCAGUGUGUGAUAGUGACUGUAAACAGAAGGAAGAAAUGCACCUCUGUGGUUCGUGAUUUUUGAUCAUAGUGAAUCGAAAUUCGACAAGUACAAUUACACCAACACUGCUACAGAGAUGAGCCAGUCCAGCGCCUCCGUUAUAUUACCUACCAAAACAAAAACUUCAAUUCCCCAUUGGCGUUGUAUCACUGACGACCAAUGGGAAAAAACGUCACAAUUGUGGACAAUCAAACGUUUUAAAGAGUAUCACUGUAAAGUUAACAAACGAAUGACCUCGACAAGAUUCAUUGGAAGUACAUAUCCGGGUUUCAGGUGGUACUUGACCGUUGCGACUAACAACCUGAAUCUUGAAGUCGAUUAUAUCGGGAUAUUUUUGGAUCUUGAGACUGACGAAGAUAUCAAUGAGAUAUUGGCCAACGUGUCGAUUUGUUUACUAGACGACAAAGGAAAUGUAGCUUUUGGUCGUCAAACCGAAGUGAUAUUCACACCAGGCAAUUAUCCAAAUGGAUAUCCGUAUUUUAUUUCAAAAAAGGAAUUAUUCGAUCCAGAUCCGAACAACAAAUUACUCAUUGACGAUACAUUAACAGUUUUCUGCGAACUCGAGUUUGCUCCAAUGGAUGAGUACACGAAUGUGCCACAUCUGCAGGAUGGAGUGAAAGAUACAAUUGCUGACAAUCUACCAAAAAGAUUACAACGUUUGUUGCAUGAUCAAACUUUGGUAGAUGUAACUUUUGUGGUGGAUGGCAAGAAUUUCGGUGCUCACAAAAGUAUCUUAGCAGCGUGUAGUCCCGUUUUUGAGGCCAUGUUCAAACACGAUAUGCAAGAAAAUAGAUCGAACAAAGUUAACAUCUCGGACAUCCGUUCCGAAGUAUUUGAAGAAUUUUUACAGUUCAUGUAUACUGACAAAACUCCAAAUUGCAAACUGGUGACAGAGUUAUUCGUAGUUGCUGACAAAUAUCAAGUCGAAGGUUUACGGGUACUCUGCGAAGAAAUGAUAUGGAAGGAAUUAACGGUAGAGAACGCCAUCAAUUUGUUAUUUUUUGCUGACCUUCAUAAGGCGAAAGGAUUGCUAACGCGAGUUGCAUUUUAUAUAAAAACAAACCCUGCCAAUCUUACGUCAACCCAGUCGUGGAAAAAUGCAAUUUUGACACAUCCUCAUCUCUUUGAUCUAGUAAAUGGAAUAUGUGAAGUCAAACGCCCUGCUGUAUCAUCAAAGCUUCAAGUUCCAUCCUUAAGUGACAUGUCCAUCAAACGAAAACGGAAAAGGUGAAAACUGACAGAAACCUACCUUUAGGUACUCGUACCUAGUUCCCUAGUUGAAUCAUUCUUCAAUAGGCUAGGUUACUUUUUGUAAUGUACAUUUUAUCUACCUACUCCUAUGAGUGUUCUUAUUUUGUAACAUUUCGAAUUACAAUUAGCUCAACUCGUA